AUGGUAAUGGAUGAGGUCGAUUCUGUCAAGGAAGUGAAGAAGGUUGCUGUGAAGAUUGAAGAGAAGAAGAAGAAGAAGAAGAAGAAGAAGAAGAAGAAGAAGAAGAAGAAGAAGAAGAAGAAGAAGAAGAAGAAGAAGAAGAAGAAGAAGAAGAAGAAGAAGAAAGAGCUCAUAUUCACCAUCUUGAGCAGCAUGCUCAUGGAAAUACCAUUCCUGGGCCCAGCUGCUGGGACCCUCGGCCGUGCUGGUGGCUCUCCUCCUGGGCGGUGUUGGAAACUCAGCAUUGCCAGUCUACGGAAUGCUUUCCGGAAGUAUGAUCCUGUCCUUCAACGCAACGUGGAUGCCAUCAUGCGGACCUUGAUCCCGGUGAACUGA